AUGAGCGAUACAAGCCCAGCACCGCCGCUAUCUCAAGGGGUUGGAUAUGGAGUCGUCAUUGGUUUAGGGGUUGCCUUUGCAAUAGGCAUGGUCCUCACAACAAGGGCGUUGAAGAAAGUAUUUGGAGAAGACAGCCAUACAACGGAGACUUUCAUGGUUGCGAACAGAAAGGUUGGGACAGGAUUGACAGCAUCAGCGGUGAUAUCUUCAUGGACCUUUACGUCGGCGCUUCUAGGUGCUCCCUACCUUACCUAUUGGCAUGGAGUCGCUCUACCAAUCUGGUGGGCCAACGGCCAGAGCGUCAUGAUCUGCUGUUUCGCCUUUCUAGCAAUCCAAGCCAAACUCAAGGCUCCCAACGCGCAUACCCUACUUGAGCUUAUUCGUGUACGGUAUGGCGCCACGGUGCAUAUCUUGUGGAUAGCGAUGGCACUUAUCAACAAUAUUUUCAACUUUACGUCGAUGCUGGUAGGGGCGUCGACAGCAGUCUCUGCGCUGACUGGCAUUAACGUAUAUGCCUGCACCUACCUCCUACCGCUCGGCGUCGUGGUGUAUACGUACUGGGGCGGACUGAGAGCAACGUUCCUGACAGAUUAUAUCCAUACAUUUAUCAUCAUGAUUGUAUUGGUAUGGUUCAGCCUGAAGGUCAUCGCGACGGCAGAGAUUGGCUCAAUUACUGCACUUUAUGACUUGGUCAAGUCUCUUCCCCAGGAAGGGACAGUCGCUGGUAACCACGCUGGAUCAUAUCUGUCCAUGACGAGCAACGAGUCUCUGUUCUUUGGGAUCAUCCACAUCGUAACUAACUUCGGAAUCGUGUUUAUGGACACAGGAUUCUGGCAGAAGGGGUUCUCCGCAGAUAUCGCCGCCGCAGUACCCGGUUAUAUUAUAGGCGGGAAUGCCUACUUCGCGAUACCCUUCACAUUUGGGACGGUUGUUGGGCUUGGGGCUCUCGCUUUGGAACAAACUCCAAUAUGGCCGACUUACCCUCGCAGGAUGACACAGGCAGAGGUCUCUGGAGGCUUAGUCCUGCCCUAUACAGCGUCAGCAGUCGCUGGAAAGGGAGGCGCUGCUGCGAUCCUCUUGAUCCUCUUUAUGGCGUGCACAAGUGUCGCAUCUGCGCAGCUCAUCGCCGUCAGCUCGAUAGUCUCAUUUGACAUCUACGGAGGUGCUCUAUUCGUUUCCACCUUUGCGACUGUCCUUCACAAAGGGGGAGUCGAUCUCAACUGGCUGAUUUAUAUGAUUGGAAUCGUCAUCUGCCCCGGAACUUUCCCGACGUGCUUUGCGCUGCUGUGGAGGAAACAGUCGAGGAUUGCAGCCUUUGUAUCCCCCAUUGCUGGAAUGGCUGCUGGAUUCGCUGUCUGGUUUGGCACUGCGUAUAAACUGUAUGGCGGAAUCAGCAUCACGACGACAGGAAAGACAUUGCCCUGCAUGUACGCCUGUCUCACCUCGAUGUUCGUACCGCUCCCAGUAGCAGUGUCAUUGUCAUACCUACGACCAGCAAAAUUCAACUGGGAUGAGUUUCUGAAAAUCGAGAGAAUCAGCGACAAUAACGCCGCAGAAAUGCGCUUUGACCGCAACGCUUAUUUCAGCCCGGAGCGCGUCAAGUACAUGAAGCGGAUGUCAAGAAUCGCCGCCAUAUGGGCUAUCGCAACAUUCUUUGGCCAGAUCGUCCUCUGGCCUCUGCCCAUGUAUGGCGCAAAGACGGUCAUGUCCAAGGGGCUCUUUGUUGCUUGGGUGGUGGUGGGACUGGUCUGGCUGUUUAUCACGCUGCUGGUGGCCAAUUUCUAUCCUCUGAUAGACGGUGGACUGCAGCAGAUCUGGCAGGUCAUUGCAGCAGUCAGAAAGACGCGAAAGUCAGCAGGAGAUGAGUCGGCAGAGGUGAUUGAAGUGGAUGUGCAGAAGACGUAG